CUUCACUGCGAGCGGUCGAGCGAGGCACUUGCGGAGGGACGUGAGGGACACGUAUUUUGGCAUUUUUGUUACAUGAGGAUCGAGGAAGGAUGGUAGUCGAGGAAAAAGCGGACCCUUCGAGGGAGGGUCAGACGCAGAAUGCGGUGAAGGAGCCCAGGACGUAUUCCUUGGAGAUUCUGAAGAUAAUCAAGGAGGCGCAACAGCAGCAUGGGUUGAGACACGGCGACUACCAGCGGUAUCGCGGUUACUGCUCGAGGCGGCUCCGAAGACUGCGGAAGGUGCUGAAAGUGCCGCAGGGCGACAGGCGUCAUUUCAAGAGGAGAGACGUCACCGCGACGAUGGUAAGCGAGGACAAGUUUCUGCAGGUGCCGCUGAUGAUGGCCGAGCGCGCGUGGAGCUACGCGAUGCAGCUGCGCCAGGAAUCUAAUACGGAGCCGAGGAAGAAGUUUCAUCUGAUAUCGAGGCUCAAGAAAGCGGCUGUGUACUCUCUGCAGCUGCAAGAUCUAAUAGAGAAUAUAAAUUGCGACGCACGUACGAAACUGGAGGCUCAGGCAUACGUAGCCUGGAUGAACGGUUCCCUGGAGUUUGAGCUGCAACUGUGGAAACAGGCUAUGGAGAAUCUGAAGAAGGCGCAGAUGGUGUACGGCAAUUUGGCGUCCGCGCUGCCAGAGCUGGAGCAGGUGCUGUACAAGGCGCGCGUCGAGGAGCUGGCGCCCAGUCUCAGAUACUGCGCUUACAACAUUGGAGACGCCAGCGCCAUGGACGAUCUCAUGCAGAUGCGUGGGCAACUGAGUGGCGAACUGAUGGCCAGCCUGGACUCCCUGAUAGCUCAGACGCGAGAGAAGCAAACUAACUUGGAGGAGGUGACGUGGCGUGGCAAGUCCUGCGGUACGGUACCACCGCGAGCGGCCGGUUUGAUCAUCGCAGACUCCAGAUUGAAUCAAGCGCUGGAGAGAGCCGCCACCAAUCAGGCGAAGAUUGAUCUGCUCGAGGCGCAUCUGAUAGACUGCAAGGAUGCUCUGCUGGUGGUGCGUGACCAUUUCAAGAACGAGUUGAAGAACAAAGAGAACGACAAGUGGUCGCCGCCGCAGCAUCUGAUCAAUUAUCUGCAGUAUAUCCGGCUGUCUCGUACACUGGAGCGCAAUCUGACGUUGGUGAAAGCGGCGGAAGAAUCGGAGAAGGCAAAGCCGCAGGAUAUAGUGCGUCUGUACGAGGCAGCGUUGCACAAUCUCGUGGAGAUAUCUCAGUUGCAGGACGACGUAGAAUUUUUGGAGGAGCAGGAGGCGAAGACAAAAUGUUACAGAGCCUUCAGAUGUUUCUACAUGGCCCAGAGUCUCGCCAAUCUGCACCGUUGGCGCGAGGCUAUGGCCUUGUACCAGAGAUCGCUGCAGCAUGUUAAAGAUGCGCUUAAAUGUGAUAAAAUUCUUCCAGUCGCGCUGAAGGAGGCCUUGUGCAAUUUGGAAAGCUCUGUUGAGGCUGCGCAGUACGCCGCUCAUGCUCACAGCGUUCUAGAGGACGGCCAGGAGGAAGAGAGUGGAACCAGUAAGCUUGCCAAGAGCAAGAAGCCGCUUUACGAACGUUUGCACGAGUACAGGGAGGAUCCGGCGCUUCUCACGAAGCAACCGAACGUCUACAAGCUGCCACCACCGAUGCGCAGCAUUCCCUGCAAGCCACUGUUCUUCGAUCUGGCUUUCAACAUGGUCGAGUUUCCAGACCUGUCGCAUAAAAUGGGGGAUCAGGCCAAGAGGGGACAGGCUGGUCUCACCGGCUUUGUCAAGGGUCUCUGGGGUUGGGGAAACAAAUGAAAUUAUAUACGGCGUUUGAAGUUUGAUACGCAAAAGAAUUUUAAAUACAUUGUACAGACAGUAUUGUUACGCUGUAUAUUUUCUCUGCUGUCUCUACAGCAAUCAUAUUGGUCCAAAAGGCAUUUCAAUUGCAUUCCCAGUGCAAAUUGAACUUGCAUUACGCCAAUAUUAUUGAGGGGGAAAAAAAAUAAAAUGGAACACU